GACCGAGACGACCACGGCCACCACCUCGACGACGUCGACGAGGACGCACACUUCCACGACCACUACCACGACCACCAGAACGUCGAGUACGCUCACCACCUCCACCACUUCCACCACGCUGCCCCUCCUGUGGGCGCGGCCCGCGGAGGGCGGCGGCCCCGGCGGGAAGCGCGUGAUGAAGGGCAUCAGCUACGCCCCGGUCCCGAUCAG